GGGGAUCCUCUGUGCAUUAGCCCCACGAGAGAGAGGAGACCUCGGCAGUAGCAGCGCGCUCGCGGCCAAAGAGCACCGUCGACGAAGCAACCGUACGUCGCGCGAGGAGGUCGCGCGCUGCGAGAGCGUGAUCGGAAUAAAGCAGCGGGGGGAACACGCUUCCAGCAGCAGGAAGAAUUAAAACAACGCCGUUGGCGGCGUCACGUUUUUUGGAGGACAGUCCUUCGAUAUUCCGCUAAUAAACGGUAGAGGAUAAUGCGCGGUAAUAAAGAAUAACGCCGCGGAUAGGAUAACAUUCCGAGAGACAAAGGGUCUUCUCGGUCUUUUUUGCGGACAUCCUUGCGAUAAAAAGCGACAAGAUGACGCCCGCGGGAUAAUCGAAAGGGAAUCCUUCCGUCGUAAAACAGUUUCAGUGUGUUUCUCUCGUUCGGUAUUCCGGGCAAGCUCCGGCGGAGAAACUCUUCGUGUGGGAUUUUCAAUUUGGAUUUUCGCGAAACGGAGAAGAGUACGUUCCUCGAACAAUUUGUUGUGUACGCGAGUUUCAGUGACAUGCUGCUCGGUAUUAACAGCGAACCAAGUGCGACAUCACCCAAGGAUUCUUUCGCGGGACAUAGCGAGAAAUCGUCGAGAAUUGUCGAAGACGGUGUCGUACACACGUGGAGCUUGUGAUUUGCGUCAGUUGUCUCUCGUCAUCUUUCAUGUCAAGAAUAAAAACUGCGCGAAGAAGCGUCGCGAUAUCACGUUUUUGGACAUAUUGAUAGUGGUGCUCGUGUAACGAAGAAUAAAUCAUAAGGCGAGCAUUGAGGGAGAAGGUGCCCAUCAUCACUCUCGGCAUGAAAGACAUGCAUUGGCUCGUUUGCACCUGCAUCCUCACCGCGACGACGGUGCUUUCCUGCCGGCAGAGUGAGUUUCAGUGCGCCAACGGGCACUGCGUUGCCCUCAACAAAGUCUGCAACAUCAUCGACGACUGCGAGGAUGGAAGCGACGAGACGCGUCCGUGCUCGCCCUGCAAUAAAACGUAUUUUGGCGACGUGGGGAAAACAUAUGAUUUGGAACUGCAUCGACCGAAGGAGGAUAAGGUGCCUUACAUUUGCAAGCUGACCUUCAACGCGCCGGGUGACGAUUUCGGUGAUAUUGUGCAGCUGACCUUCGACAGCUUUACUUUAGGUAAAUUUGUGUCGUUUACCGCGGAAGGAUGUCCCGAUGGAUCCCUGCAGAUCUCGGAAGCGCAGCGUCCCGACGUCGGCGGGCUCUGGUGCGGCACGUCCUGGGGACCCGCGAUUUAUUACAGCGAAACGCCUAGCGUCUCGAUUAUCCUCAAGCUGCUCAGGCUCAGUAAAGAUCAGACAGGAUUCAACUUCGACUUUAGAAUGGCGUACAAGAUGAUCAGAAAGUCCGACGCGGUGGUGCGCUACGGAAAUCCCUUCGUCGGAAUAACGCAGUUUGUCGGGACACCGGCGUCGACCGAGCGCACGUCCAUCGAGUAUGCGAACACGUCGAUGGCGAUGCCCGUGCAAAUGGUCGAGCAACGUGUGCCACUGCUGCCUACGAAGCCGAGCACGGAACAGUUCUUAGGGGACCUAAUAUCCGGGACUUAUUGCUCCCGUAUAUUCACCGACUGUGACCGGAAGAAAUGCAGAUUGCAGUCGCCUAACUUCCCCGGUCUCUAUCCCCGCAAUCUCACCUGCUACUACGCGGUGAGGCAGCACGAGGUGCCGCCGGGUAAGCACGCUUUAAUACACGUGAAACAGCCACGGGGCCAAUUGGUAGCUGUAAGGGCGCGACCAGCUACUCAAGCCGAGCCGCCACCCCGGGAACUGCGUCUCUGGCAAGAUUGCGACGUCGUUCAGGAUUACGUAACAGUGUAUGACGGAUACACCACCAGGGAGCCCGUGAUCCUAAAAUUCUGUGGCGGCGGGGAGCCGGUACCGGAGACUAUCAGCAGCGGGCCGGAGAUUCUCGUGGAGUUUACUACCUCUCCUUAUGGCACUUUCUUACAUCCGACGCCACCUCAUUCCCAUUCCCUACAUGGAUUUCAAUUAGAAGUGCAAGUCACGUUCGUGGACGCCGAAUCGCCGACCUACACCAAGAAUAAACGCUGCGAAUUCUGGCUGAGGGGCACAGGCGGCGGCGUACUGGCGUCGCCACGUCAUUCACUGCCCAGAAACAGCACGUGCUUGUACCAUCUUCGUGGCGCGGGACCGGCUCUGCCGAGCCCGACGCCGCCGCGUCCAUUGCCCAAGUUCCCGGAGAAAAGACCGGGCACAAUUUGGCGUAGGCCGAUUGCGCGGCAGCCGCAGCCGCAGUUCCGUGUUUGGCUGUCCAUUCUCAAAUUUCACGUGGGCACCAGUCUCACCAGCACGGACGAGGAUUGCUCGACGACGCUGAUGAUCUGGGACGGCGAGAUGAUGCCGCUGUCGGAGUGCAACGAUGUUGCCUGUGAGAAGGAGCGUCAACGUUACGCCGAGAGAAUGGGCGACUCGAGUCAGUCCGUCUCGCGUCCCGCGAGCAAUACCACGCUGCUGGCGAGAUACUGCAAGGACAAAGUGCCGAGAACUUGCGAUCACGCUAUCUUGCAGAACACAAGUCGUCCGUGUUCCUUGGGAGAAAGCUUCGUUUCGUCCGGCAGCAGUUUAACUAUCGAGAUGCGCAUGGUCGAAUCGACGGCUCUCAGACCUGUCAACUUUCGUGCUCUGUACGAAUUCGUCGAUCUGCACCAGGACGGCGAUCCGUACGGCACAGGGCCGUGUUCGCGGAUCUUUUACAGUCGAAACCGGGACAACUAUCCGGAUCGUAAAUUCCAGGGACCGCGCGACAUAUUUCUGUACGGUCGCGGAGGAUCGAAAAAUAUAAGCUGCGUGUACCGCUUCGAAGGAGAACACGACGAGGUGGUGAAGCUGAGGUUCAACAAGCUCCUCAAUGGGAAUCGCACCUGCCGCAGCGUUAGCAGCACCGACUUCAAUAGGCUGCUCUGCGUCGGCUCCGAGAACUUCUCGGUUAAGGUGCUCGAUCUACCCUGGCCGAACGCGCCGCCCAUCCAACGUGACUGUCUCUGCUCAAAUCGAUCGCUACCCAUCAAUAUCAAAUCCACCUCUAAUAUUGUCGAGGUGCAUUUCACCGUUCUGUCCAUGGACGCUUUGGAUGACUACAACAACCUCUUCUUCGAGGGCAUCUGGGACUUCGUCAAGACGACACCCUGCAUGCAAAAACGCAGAGUCAGGGGACCGUCGGGCGAAAUUAAAUACACAUCACCAUCCGAAGAUGAGGAGCAGAAGAACUGCGAAGAUCAGCCGUGGCUGAUCGACCCCGGUCCAAGUCAGUAUCUGUAUGUGAAACUGCACGGCGUAAUCAUGUCGAACAGCACCAAGUGCGCGACCAAGAAUCGCAUCGUCGUGCACACCGGCGGCGCGAUUCACGUGUCGGUGUGUCCGAAACCACCUGCCGACUCGCGGCAUCACGUGGUGGAGGUGUUCAGCGACGGUUGGGCGGUCAGCAGCAACGCGAUGAUUCUUGCACCGGGACAGGAUCCGAUUAGGACCAUCGCCGUCGAGUUCAUCGUGGAAGAACCGGCUUCCUACACGGUUACGUGGUUGGAGCUCACCCGAAGACCGUCGGUGACGUCAACAGCGGGCCUGCAAAUGUCGCGGGACUGCGAGCAGCGUUGCCCGGAGCUGGACGCAUGCAUAAACGCCUCGCUUUGGUGCGACGGGGUGUCCCAUUGUCCCUCCGGUUACGAUGAGGCGCUCACGCAUUGCUCGAUGCUGCUGCAACUGCCGCCGUUGCAACUGGCUCUGGGUCUGCUCGUCAUCAUCACCGUCCUCGGCGUGAUCGUCUUCAUUAUCUGGCGGGUGUGCCGACGGCGCGGUCGCCGUUCGAUAUCCCAGCACCGCUUGAAGAGCAUCUCCUCCGAGACGGCGAUAAUCGACGGCAAGGAAGUGAUAUGCUGACACAGCGACAGUUCUGUGCGUUACGUCGAGGUCGAC